CCGGGUGCUAGUGUGCGUCACUUCCGAGCAGAGCGCGCUUUGCGAAAACCCGCGAGAGGCCUUUUGAUUUUUUUUUUUCCCCCAAAUCACUUUUUCUCGCGAACACGCGCUCUGCUUAGAGUGUGGGGACCUCGUUACUACUUUUCUAUAGACAUUUCGGCGUGAGGGAAAAAGUCCUGUAGGGUUUUGUAUUUGAGAACAUUUUAAGGCGGGUCCCGGCCUGACAACCUGACUCCCUGCAAAGGACCAGCACCGCGGAUCUUUAGCAGGCAAGAACAGAUUGUUCCUUGCACGAAAGUAAUAGUUUCUUUCCGGCGGUGGUGGUGCACCCUUCAAUCCCACACUCGGGAGGCAGAGAGAGGCGGAUCUUUGUGAGUUCAAGGUGAAAUUGUAAAGUAAUCUGAAGGAAGUCCAGGACCUCAGAAAUUCUGACUUAAGUGUAUUGUCCAAGCCAAGAGAGUGAAGAGAAAUCUUUGCCUCCUACUAAAAGGAUGGAGGCAGAAGGACAGAAGUGGCCGUGGAAGACAGACUUUUACGUGGAAUUGCCAAAAGUGGAGCUUCAUGCCCACUUGAAUGGCUCCAUUAGUUCCAAUACCAUGAAGAAAUUAAUAGCCAAGAAGCCACAUCUCCAAGUUCAUGAUCACAUGACCAUGAUUGACAAGGGAAAGAAAAGGACUUUAGAAGAAUGUUUCCAGAUGUUCCGAGUUAUUCACCAGCUUACUACCAGUCCUGAAGAUAUUCUAAUGAGCCUGCAUACUUUUCUCUGCGGGAAUUUAACUGAUUGGACUGUGUUCUGUCCAGAGCAAGAAUCGGGGCAGAUGAGAGAGCCAGCCCCUAACACAGCUGCUCUUAGCAUCUGGUUUUCCUGUCGGUCUCAGGGGAAUAGGGUCACAAAAGAUGUCAUUAAAGAAUUUGCAGAUGAUGGUGUCAAGUACCUGGAGCUGAGGAGCACACCCAGAGAAGAAAAUGCUACUGGAAUGACGAAGAAGACUUAUGUGGAAUCCAUACUUGAAGGCAUAAAACAAUGCAAACAAGAAAACUUAGAUAUUGAUGUUAGGUAUUUGAUGGCAAUUGACAGAAGAGGUGGCCUGACAGUAGCCAAGGAGACUGUUGAACUUGCUAAAGAGUUCUUCCUUUCUACUGAGGAUACCAUUCUUGGCCUUGACCUCAGUGGAGACCCUACUAUAGGACAAGCAAAAGACUUCUUGGAACCUCUUUUAGAAGCUAAAAGAGCAGGCCUGAAGUUGGCGUUGCAUCUUGCAGAGAUUCCAGAUAAGAAGAAAGAAACACAAAUGCUGCUGGAUCUGCUUCCUGACAGGAUCGGGCACGGGACAUUCCUCAACUCCCCUGAGGGAGGAUCCCUGGGCCAGGUGGAUUUUGUGAGGCAACACCAGAUACCUCUGGAACUUUGUUUGACUUCAAACAUCAAAAGCCAGACAGUUCCCUCUUAUGAGCAGCAUCACUUUGGAUUCUGGUACAGCAUUGCUCAUCCUUCUGUGAUCUGUACCGAUGAUAAGGGUGUUUUUGCGACACACCUUUCUCAAGAAUAUCAGCUGGCAGCGGAAACAUUUAAUUUGACCCCAUCUCAGGUGUGGGAUCUGUCCUAUGAAUCCAUCAGUUACAUCUUCGCUUCUGACAGUACCAGAUCUGAACUGAGAAAGAGGUGGGAUCGCCUGAAGCCCAAAGUGUUACACUUUUAAGCUGUGAUGAGGUGGACUACUUUGGAUUGUAUGUUGUAGCCAAGAUCUUCUGCUAUUUCCCACUCAGUGAAGUGUCCACUACUUCCCUUGAGGCUCAGUACCAAGUACUUGUGGGGUCUUGACACCAGCACCUUACAUAUGGUAAGUGUGCAGUAGUAUCUAGACUAAGAGCCCUGGGGCCUUGCAUGCUUCACCGACAUGCUGUCUGCUGGAGGCUGGAGGGUCAGUAACUAAAUCCCUCACCCUACUAUUGACUUUCUUUUUAAAUUAGCACACCUUCCUCCCUAGUGGUCAUAAAACUUCUGAGAAGUUGAAGCUGUUUGUCUUCAGGAAGACCUCUAUGUUUUGUUAGCUUUAAUCAGAAUCACUCCAUUUCCUUUAACUCUUUCAAGUAUUAUUUCUCAAGACUGUUGAUGCCAGGCCACAUUGCACACCAAAACCAUUUGUGUGGGUGCCUAGUUGUCAGCUGACUCGGAUGACAAAGCUAGAAUCUGGCUUUGCCCUUCUUGUAAUAUCUUUAGAAAUAUAUAAAGGGAAUUAAAGUAAUUACUUCAGUUUAACAAAAAGGAAAGAGUUGCUGCCUCGAACUGAAAAAAGACAAAGCUGGAGCUUCCAUUUUAAAAUUAGCUUCUGUUUAGCUUUCUUUGUGGAAGCUGCCAGAACUUCCACAGUACCAGGAUUCAGUUAAAAGGUCUUUCUAGCAAUGGUAGCAUUGUGGCUUCUAGGAUUCUUAGAUCUCUUAUAAGCUCAUGCCCACGUGAUAGCCCACAGGCACAGGCUUACAUAAAUGGAUACCAUGGCCACUUUCACCAAAGACAAGGGACAACUAAGAUUGACUCUGCAUGGUAAGAAAAAGACUUUAACAGAUAACAAAUGCCCUGGUUAGUUUUUUUCAACUUGACACAAACUAGAGUCAUUUGGGAAGAAAGACCCUCAACUGAGAAAAUGCUCACACCAGACUGGCCUAAUCAGUUGGUUGGCACAUCCCCCAGAGGGUGAUGCCACCUCAGGCAGGUGGUUCUGAGUGGAAUAAGAAAGGAAGUUGAGCAAGCCACAAGGAGUAAGCUCUCCUCCACUGCUUCAGCUCCAGUUCCUGCCUCAACUUUCUAGGAUGAUGGACCACAAAAUAAAAGAGACAAUAAAAUUCUUUCUUCCUCA